UAAGCUCAUGACUUUCAUGACUACAUAUAUUCUUAAAGAAACCAAUGGGAGAUUGAGACAUAAUACAUUCUUUCUCAUUUUUAUUUCCCACUUGCUUUGAUAUGCACAGGAUUCUCAUGAUUAUAUAUUUUCUCUGUCUAUAUCAAAGAAAACUUUGUCUUGACUAAGCCUCUGGGCUACCAUAAACAAGGGUAGUGCUAGUGUCAUAUGAGUCACAGUUUUGGUGCAGUUAGAAUGGAGGUUGGAAGGGUAUUCAUUGCUUGGAGUAUAGCUUUCUUGCUUUUGAGUGUGUCAGGUGAAGAAAUGACAGGUUUAUCACAUUGUGAUAUUCCAGCAAUCUACAACUUUGGAGACUCAAAUUCAGAUACCGGUGGGAUAUCAGCAGCUUUCUAUCCAGCAGGGCAACCGUCUGGCGAGACCUUUUUUCAUGAACCGGCUGGAAGAGGCUCCGAUGGGCGGCUUAUAAUAGACUUUAUUGCCAAGCGCCUUAGAUUGCCAUACUUGAGUGCCUAUCUAGAUUCCAUUGGAGCAAGUUUCAGGCAUGGUGCAAAUUUUGCCACUGGAGGAUCAACAAUUAGGCAGCUUAAUGAGUCCUUCUUUUUGACUGGUGCAAGCCCUUUCUCUCUUGAUAUCCAGAUUGUGCAAUUUGACCAGUUCAAGACACACACCGGCAAGCUCUACAACAAAGCCAAGAAAAACUCCCACAGAAGAAAUCUUCCAAGGCCUCAGGACUUCUCAGAUGCUCUCUACACAUUUGACAUUGGACAAAAUGAUAUUGCUGCUGGUAUUCGAAAAUCAAGCAGUGAAAAUUUUAGAGCAGUACUCCCAGACAUAAUUGACCAGUUAGCUUCAGCAGUUAAACAUCUGCAUGAACAAGGGGCAAGGAACUUUUGGAUACAUAAUACAGGUCCCAUUGGCUGCUUGCCAGUGACCCAACGCAACUACCACCAUCCAAUGCCUGGCAUUCUUGACGAGCACGGAUGUCUCAUAGCUCAAAAUGACAUGGCUAUAGAGUUUAAUAGGCAACUGAAGAGAAGAGUGACCAAACUGAGGACACAGCUACCUGGAGCUGCAUUAACAUAUGUGGAUAUUUUUGCAGCAAAGUAUAAACUAAUCAGCAAUCCAAAGGAGCAAGGAUUUGUUGAUGCAAGGAGCAUUUGCUGUGGUUAUCACGAGGAUUCCAACCAUGUGUGGUGUGGGCAUAGGGAUAAAAUAAAUGGUACUGAAAUAUAUGCGGGGUCUUGUGAAGAUCCUUCCAAGUAUAUUAGCUGGGAUGGUGUGCACUACACUGAGGCUGCAAAUCAUUGGAUUGCUAAUCAUAUCCUCAAUGGUUCAUUCACGGACCCACCAGUGCCAAUCACACAUGCAUGCUUGUCAUAAGCGUCAGUCUGUGUGAUGGAAAUUUAUGUGUAUCCAAUUU